UAUAGUUAAAAAAAGGUUCAGUGCUAAUUGACACUUUUUAUAGUUUAUAAUGGUCAAAAAAUAGAAAUUAGACACAAAGGUAAUGCAAAUUAAUAAAAUAAAUGAUUAACCUUUUCUAUACAGAAUGAUAUUUGAAACUAAAAAUACCUAUUUGAUUUCAUAGGAUUAAUAAUAUGUUUUAAGUAUUUGGUAUAAUAAGAACACAUAUUAUUUAAACUGACAAGUGUUAUUGCUUGUUCAUGACUUUACUGUAGUGAUAAAAAGAUUAAAAGCCGGAGCAGUAUUCAAUUUAAUUAAUUGGGGAAUUGGUUCAGUUUCUUUCUCCUUCUAUUAAACAAAAAGACCUUUAGACAUUAUAAUAGACAUUAAAUUACAGAAUAUAAAAGGUAUUAUGCUAUGUUUUUAUGUUAGUUUGUAAUAAUAUACAAUAAUGUACCUUGUUAUCAAUCCACUAUACUAUUGUCUAAUGAUGGUAGAUGGAGUCAUUAUAAUGUGGUUCUUUGAAACUGCUGCCUAGCAUUGAAAAAGGGGCCUCUCUCCUUAUCGAGAUGUACGGGCUGUAGAGAAAGGAGGGGUCUUCUCACAUUCCACUUUAGUAAAAAAAAACUGCAAGUAUUAAGGUUUAUGGAAUUAGUGGUUUAACACAGAUAAAAAUAUAUCUUGAAAUAAUAUGCAAAAAUGAUUGCAUAACAGACAUUGAUAAGUCAUAUAUCUAAAAAAGUGCUUGCACAGACUUUGGCCUUGAAAAAACAAGAGAUUGCUUGCAAUAGCAUAUUCUCAGAGUCAGGUACAGGUCAGAGCCUGGUUAGUGCAUCUUUUAAGGGUUAAAUAAUUGUAAUGAAAAUUAUUACCACUUAAACUUAGUGAAACUAAUUGACUUGAAUAUUGUAUAAGGCAAUCUUUUGUCAAAUACUCUGUUAGACAUUAGUAUAUAGAAUCAAAACUGACUUAUUAAAAACACGAUGAAACACAAUAUGAGGUUAAAAGAAACACAUACCUUUAAUUUAGCAAAAUAUAAUCAAUUAGAGACGAUGUCAUAUAUUAAAAACAUCUCUCAAAUAUAAUACAUAUAAAAAAUAGUGUUUACAAAUAAUCCAGGAUCCUGGGAACCUUGGUUCACUUGACUUUUCAGACAAAGGAGGGGCUCGGAGGAAAACAAGGAAUGAGAUCAUAGGUUUGGAGUUGGACAAAUAUGAAGUCUUGAAUUUAUUGGUAUGACUCCAAUUAAUUCUGAAAAGUUGGCCCGGAUCUUUUAUUUGUAAAAAAGAUAACUGUCUAAACAGAUUAAUGAUUGGAUUUAAUUGAGGCGUCCCAUGUAUCCCAAUGAGACGAAAAACCUAUAUAACUCCUAAGGUGUGGAAGCGACAUCGUGGGAGAAGUACGAGUGGACAAGUACAACGCAGUUAGAAGCAGAAAGGAGGAAUUACAUCUUUAAAUCUGGAGUUGCUUUAAUCAGAAAACAUUGCAGCUUAAAGCCUUGCAGCUGCGUGUAUUUUUCUGAUAACAAGCUGAAACUCGGAGCAGCUGAUUCAAAUCCCGCGGCGUUCUGGGACACGGGGAAGGAGUGGAGCCCGCAGGACAAACACAAACAAAGGCAGCCAGGCUUCCCAGCGACAGCGUGUGGAAGCGACAUCGUGGGAGAAGUACAAGUGGACAAGUACAACGCAGUUGGAAGCAGUUGAAAGCAGGUUGACAGCUGCAGAAGCUAAACUAAACUUCCAAAAAAAUGGUCUUCAAACCAGUAAUCUGUGACAACUGCAUGAUGUGGGAAAUCCGAGAAAACCCAACAGAGCUCAACCAAGUUUGUGUAAAGUGCCGCACGAUCCAGGACUUACUUCAGCGAUUAAGCCUGCUAGAAAAGGAGCUGGAGGAAAUGAGACAGCAACAGGAGCUUGAGGAGCUGACACACCCACAAUUCAUGGAAGUCUGCACCCCUAGUAGAAUGAAAGACACCAGGGAGAUGGAAGAGAGUCGAAACAGCUGGGUUCAGAUAGGCAGAAGCAGGGAAAAAAAGAAACUUCGAAAAACACAACCACCUGAAAUCCAGACAGCCAACAAAUUUGAGCCAUUUCAGCAUUUAGAUGACCAAAACCAACAUCAAGAGAAUGAAAGGAACAACAUCCAGGACCCUAUAAACUGUGCUGGCCAGGCAGCAAAAAGAAGGGAAGUCAUGAUUGUUGGGGACUCCAUAUUGAGAAACACAGCAAGUUCAGUUCGCAGUUUGGACCCCCUUACUACAACAGUGUGCUGCCUUCCAGGAGCCUCAGUCAAGCACAUCACUGAGAAUGUGGACAUGCUCCUAGAACGAACAGGAGGCGACCCGGUAGUAGUCGUCCACAUCGGUACAAACAACAUUGGAAGAGACAGACAAAGAUCCCUGCAAAACAAAUUCAGAGAGCUAGGAAGGAAAUUAAAAGACAAGACCAAAACUGUGGUAUUUUCUGGGAUACUGCCGGCGCCCUGCAAAGGACCAUAUGGACAGCUGGAAAUACAAAAUCAAAAUGCAUGGCUGAAAUCAUGGUGCACACAGGAAGGCUUCACCUUUCUUGAACAUUGGAGCACUUUCUACAACAAGGACUAUCUAUACAGGUGGGAUGGACUGCACUUAAACAGAAAUGGAACCAAUCUACUCGGAGAAAGGAUCCUUCAGGAGGUCCAUAAGCAUUUAAACUAGAAAGGAAGGGGGGAGAAAACAAAAAAAAAGAAGGGAGACCACAUCAAAACAAGGGCAACAACUCAGGUGCAGGGUAUAAAGGACAGGCAGUUAGAUUACUCAGGGCUGCUGUGGAGGAGAAGGAGGCAGGAGAGGUGCUAUGCUUCCUGGAAGUCGUGAGGUGAAGAGUGUGCUGUAUGAAACCUGUGUGGUUUUUGUUUAUUGUGUUUGGCGGGGAAACGGCUUAGCCGUCCUGCGAGUUAGUCAGGGAAUAAUCUGUGUAGUCAGCGCUCCAAAAUCGGAGUUAGGUGUUUAUUUUGUGUUUGUUUUAUUUUGUGUUUAAUUAAAAAGAAUUGCGCAUAAGCGCUGAAAAAUCAGUCUGCUGUGCUGGGUCAAGUUUUUAAAGGGCCAACGAACCCGAGCCGCAAGGCUCAUGUUACAAUAGACACACACAUAUUGCAUAUUAUUUAUAUAUGUAGUUACACAUUUGGCCAACGUGGAAUAACCUGUGAGAGUUUAUGGAAUAUUUCUAGACUAUCAGUCUGCAAAGACAAUUUUUCAGAGUCUGUUUUUGUAAAAUGUAAAAUAAAAAUGCCAGAAUCCUUUGUUCUGAAAACACUUGAAAGAGUUCCCACCUAAUCACUAUCUCUGUGUUACCUCAAAUAAACAAACUGCAAAUUCAAGAACUUUCCAUUCACUUCUGUAGAAUCUCCAUUUGUACUUUUUUUUGUAAAUCUAUCU